GGCCUGAGACUUCGGGGGCUGGCAUCCUCCAAACUGUAUCAACGCCGGCAGGAUCGGCUAAGUGGCACAGGGUCACUCCUGAGCAACAGGACAGAUACAGCAGCUGGGAUACAUGGUAAUAUGUCUGAUGCUCUUGCAAAUGCAGUGUGUGAACGCUGCCAGACUCGGUUUGAUCCUGCAGAGAGGAUUGUGAACAGCAAUGGGGAGCUCUAUCAUGAAAACUGCUUCGUCUGCGCUCAGUGUUUUCGUCAGUUCCCAGAUGGACUUUUUUAUGAGUUUGAAGGUCGGAAGUACUGUGAGCAUGACUUUCAGAUGCUGUUUGCUCCUUGCUGCGGGGAAUGUGGUGAGUUCAUUAUUGGGCGUGUUAUCAAGGCAAUGAACAAUAACUGGCACCCAGAAUGUUUCCGCUGUGAGCUCUGUGAUGUAGCACUUGCUGACCUGGGUUUUGUGAAGAAUGCUGGCAGGCAUCUGUGCAGGCCAUGCCAUAACCGUGAAAAAGCUAAAGGACUGGGCAAGUACAUCUGUCAGAAGUGCCACUUGAUAAUUGAUGAGCAACCUCUGAUGUUUAGGAAUGAUUCCUACCAUCCGGAUCACUUCAACUGCACCCACUGUGGGAAGGAGCUAACUGCUGAGGCCCGGGAACUGAAGGGAGAACUGUAUUGCCUACCCUGCCACGACAAGAUGGGUAUCCCCAUCUGUGGAGCCUGCCGCAGGCCCAUUGAGGGACGAGUUGUCAAUGCUCUGGGAAAGCAGUGGCAUGUUGAGCAUUUUGUUUGUGCCAAAUGUGAAAAGCCAUUCUUGGGGCACCGACACUAUGAGAAAAAAGGACUGGCUUAUUGUGAAACUCACUAUAACCAGCUCUUUGGAGAUGUCUGCUACAACUGCAGCCACGUGAUAGAGGGAGAUGUGGUAUCAGCUCUUAACAAGGCCUGGUGUGUGAAUUGCUUCUCCUGCUCCACCUGCAACAUCAAGCUUACACUGAAGAAUAAGUUUGUGGAGUUUGACAUGAAGCCUGUAUGCAAGAAGUGCUAUGAGAAAUUCCCUCUAGAGCUGAAGAAACGCCUGAAGAAGUUGUCAGAGCUGGCAUCCAAGAAGGCGCAUCCCAAAGCUCUGGAUUUAAACUCUGCUUAAACAGGCAAAUAUUCUGAAAGCUGUCACUCUUUGCUACAUGCAAAAUGUUCUGGUCUUUCUCCAGAUUCCUACUGAGCAUAUAUGGAUGUUGUACAGUCCUUCUGGUUUGCAGGUUUACUGGGAAAACCCAGGAGCCAAUAGUUACAGCAUCUGCACUGCCUGCUUGUCUGGCUUAGGUCCAAUGUUAAGACAACUGAAGAAGUUUGUUUUACUGCUUCUCUGUUCAGUACUAAGGCGAUUUCAAUUGUCAAGGCCAUGUCAGCCUCUUCAGAAUAGUUGGGCUUUCCUUAAGGAGGAGGUGGCUAUGGGAAACAAAAGAUUUUGUUAGAAACUGACACUUUAAUUUUCUCAGUUUGUUCUCUACUACUACAUGGAUACUAGAGCUUCUAGUGGUCAGUGCAAAGCACGUCCUGUCCACUGGCAUAGCUGACAUUUCUUGAGGCAAUGUGGCUGGACCCUUCGUUAUUCUUUUGCAUGAUGAAAUCAAAUUUGUAAUAUGGGACCACUUUAAGCACUUCAGUUUCCCCACCCUUCUUGCUUUAUUUGAAAGAUGAGUAUAUGCUUCUUGGUCACGCUUCAGAAAGCCCAAUUACAUGAAGGGAUUUCUAAUAUUUAGUUUGUAGCAGACAUGGUUUUAUGCAGAAAAAAAAACAGGAAGUACUUUUCUUAAAAUUUUGAUCCAAAUAAGACUUUCCUAUCACAUUUCUUCUUAAGACCUGAGUUUAUUUCAAGAGAGGACCUCAGACAUGAAUCUGUACAUCUUAAGUGUAUAGUUCUGCUCUAUGUUUUUGGCUACCACUGGUGAAGUUUCACUGGUCCUACUGUCUCUGCUAGUACAACCCAAGGUGCUGAGAAAUUUACUGGUUUUGAACAUUCUCAGUAUUUCUUCAGGGGUGAGCCAUCAGCAGUGCUCUUCCUGAGUCCACCUGUAUGUUGCAUAAUCACGGUGAGCUUCUGAGACCUCUGGAGGUUUCCCCCAUAGUUUCAUGUGCUGAACUAAGCUCAGCAGUGUGAAAAUCACUUUCUCUGAAUAGUUGGUGACUAUGCCUACCCUUUUGCAAGGUGGACAGGAUGAAAAUCACUGGAGGACAGCUGUCCCUUGCAUGAUUUAAGUCAUCCAAAAAGUGGCUAGUUUAGUAGGUCAAAUGAACACAGCAGUUGGGCCUAGACACCACACUGCAGCCCCAGGUGAAUUAGCUACCAAGAAGUUAAAGCUUCCUCACUUCUUGUAUGUGUGAGCAGCUACUGGACUGGGGCAAUAAUCUACCUUAAAAUUGUCCUUGCUGCCAUCACACUCUGCUCAGAAUAGUUCUAAAUGGGAUAACAGCUAAAGCAUUGAUAGCUGUUAACAUGCUUGCUGUAGCUACUACCCGUGAAACUGCACCAGUGGUGUCACAGCAGCAGUCCUGGUUAACUGUGUGCAGAUAAGAAUCCCACAUGCAAGACCAUCUCUUAGAUACUUACUGGCUUUGCUAAUUGAAUUUCCUUCAGCUGUUUUGCUUUUUGUUGCUAUAAGUUACCAUAAACGUUUAGCUGGGGUAUACUGCAUCCACUAAUAACACUGAUGAGGGGAUAGGCCUAAUUUUAACAGUAGAACUCUUCUGUCCUCUUCUGACCAAUAUGCACUGUAGAUUAUAAUAGUAGUAGCUGGUUUUGUCACUGCUUUAGGAGAACAUGUGGCUAGUUACUGUUACCUCACUAGCCUUUUAGUUAAGGGCACAAAAAGCAGCAUGUCUUUUGGUGCAGUAGUAUGUGGCCACCGCAAAGACCAGUUUUGUAAGCCUAUUUGGCUUUUUUUUUUCACAGCAUAAAACACAAGAACUACUGAUCUAGGUGCAGUUCAGUAUGUUAUGCAGAUUCUUCUCAGCAUAAGCAUUCAGGUCAGUUCCUAUAAUCUUAGUCACAGGCCAUGUCUAAUGCUAAAUCUGAGCAGCUCUGUAUCUUCAGCCUCCAGGGAAGAUGGUAGAGGAACACACAGCCGCAUAGCUACUGGUGAAUAUGGAAAGGCUAUGUAACUAGCAGGCAAUAGGUAAUGUUCUUUCAGUGGCCACUCUCAAAUUCAGCAAUGGAAAAUGCUUGUAGGUAGAGGUGAAUGGAAUUACUUUUGUAAUGCACAUAGAGAUUUAGUGUGUGCUCUCACUUGGUCUCACAUUAGAAAUUCAGUAGACGUAGUAAGCUUCAGUGUUCAAAGGACAGUUGAUUCAUUCUCUUUGAUAAGCUUUUCAGUUAUCUAGGAUUUUGAUUAUGUUCUUAUCUUCAGAGUAUUUCCCAAAAUUAGGGAGGGGAAAAAUCAUCAUAAUCCCUGAUUUCUGUAUUAGCAGAGGGUGAUGUUCUCUCAGUAUCUCUUAAAUUACUAAUUUUUCACAAUUGUUUUUCUUAUACUCCUGCUGCCCAUAAUCUGCAACGUGCAGAGUUACAGUGGUGAAUAUUACUGACAUACCUUUUGUGGGACAGUGGAAUUGAAGGAAUAGGAGAAAUAGCUAUAGUUUAAAUAAAUUAAUCUUCCUCUACUUCUUUGAGUCCACUUCUUAAAAACUAAAUAGAACAUAAUGCAGACUUACGAAUUCUCCUUAGUGUGUUGAUAGGCUGACAGGCUGGGGUUUGGGUUUUUUUUUUUUUUUUAAAUAAAGUCAAGAUCUCAGUCAGAAAUAAGCUGCAUGUAUUUUUCCAUUGCUGUAAAUAGACAUGCUGGCCAAAUUUGUCCUAGGUAUCACACCACUGGAGAGUAUAGAUUUAUAUCAAGGUUGAACUUGGCUCAGAAGUCUACACUUACUAAAAGCUGUUGUCUCAUUACAUUUAUAGUUUACACUCAUAUUUAUACAUACUGAAUUAAAAUCACUAAUAUUCACUGAGUACACUUGAAAAUGGUUUUGCUUUUAGAAACCACAGUAUGUGAAGCUUGUUUGUAUUCAAAGGGUAUGUUAAUCACUUGCAAUCUUUAUGGCAACUUAAUCUGCUCUCUAGGGUUUGCAUCCUGAUCUUUAUUUUUAUAGCAGUCUGUGCAAUGUAGGCAAAUAUUGUUCAAAUAUUGUACUCUCUGUACAGAAUUACAGAGAGUUUCUAGAUGUUGCGUGUUUUGUAUUAGAUGAUGUGACUGAUGCUUUUUUAAAAAGUUCUUGGAUGGUAAAGGAAUAGAUUGCAGGCAAACAUGUAAUAAAUGUGGUUGUACUAGUCUGUAAAGCACUGUUAAGUGCUGAGGAUGGUAUAAACUGAGUAAGAAUUAGCAGCUACUUGCCUUGGGUCAGGCCUUGAUGAGCAGUGUAGGUUCUGCACCAUGUAGAGCUCUCAUUUUAUCACACAUUGUUGUCUAACCAAAACAUAUGAUUGUGGAUUGAAAUGUUGUAAUACUGUACCUUUUUAUGUUCCUGUAAUAAAGUUAACUAAUACAUUUUAAAUAUUCACACAAAAAAUAAAUGUAAAAGAGUUGUAUAUUGUACAGUAAAAAAAAAAAAAACCCAAACAUUUGCAGUGCUGAGCCAGAGAGUAUUAUGCACUCUGAGGAACUCUGGGGAUUGCCCAAAAUCUGAUGCACUGUCGUGAUGAAUUCGUGUUUUGGAUCUGUGCUGCUUCUGUGGUGAUGUGUUGGUUGACGAGGAUGUGCAGAAAGGGGUAUCCUCCUUUUAGAGGCUGUGCUGUACAAAUUGUGUUGUGUA